AUGCAAAGCGAGAACAUGGAACCAGUAAAUUACUAUGUUGGAAUUGAUGUUGGCACAGCAAGCGUCCGUGCGGCUUUGGUCGACCAGUUUGGGACAGUGGUGGUUUACGCAGACCAGCCAAUUCAAAUGUGGGCACCCCAACCAGACCACUAUGAGCAAUCCUCUGAUGACAUUUGGACUGCUUGUUGUACAGUCACAAAGAAAGUUAUCCAAGGGAUAGAUAUUGGACAGAUUCGAGGAAUUGGUUUUGAUGCUACCUGUUCCCUUGUUGUCUUGGAUAAUAAUUUCCACCCCUUGGCAGUCAACCGUGAUGGAGUCUGCAACAGAAACAUCAUCAUGUGGAUGGACCAUCGUGCAUCUGACCAAGUAGCACGCAUCAAUGGGACUCGGCACAGGGUCUUGUGCUGUGUUGGUGGUGUGAUGUCUGUUGAGAUGCAACCGCCUAAGUUGCUGUGGUUGAAAGAAAAUUUGCGAGAGUCUUGCUGGGAAAGGGCAGGCUGCUUCUUUGAUCUUCCGGAUUUCUUAUCAUGGAAAGCAACAGGUGUCACUGCAAGAUCAUUGUGUACAUUGGUGUGUAAGUGGACCUACUCUUCAGAGAAAGGCUGGGACCAUAGUUUCUGGAGUAUGAUUGGAUUAGAAGAUGUGGUGGCAGAUAAGUACACAAAAAUAGGAAAUGAAGUUCUGCCUCCCGGAGCUCCAGUUGGAAAUGGGCUAAGCCCAGAUGCUGCAAAUGACCUUGGCCUUCCUAGUGGGAUUGCGGUAGCUGCAUCUCUUAUUGAUGCCCAUGCUGGAGGAAUAGGCAUGAUUGGAGCCAGUGUGAAGGGAUAUAACUUGCCCUGUGAAAACCAGCCAAUUACUUCCCGAAUUGCUGUGAUAUGUGGAACGUCUUCAUGCCACAUGGGGAUAAGUGACUCUCCUGUGUUUGUCCCUGGUGUUUGGGGACCAUACUACUCAGCAAUGGUGCCAGGGUUCUGGUUAAAUGAAGGAGGCCAGAGUGCUACAGGAAAACUGGUAGAGCAUGUCGUCCAAGGACACACUGCAUUCCCUGAACUACAAACAAAAGCUGCAGCCAGUGCUCAAAGUAUAUAUAUGUACUUGAAUGGUCACCUGGAUUUGAUUAAGAAAUCUUUGCCUGUGGGUUUCCUCACUGUUGAUGUACAUGUUUGGCCAGAUUUCCAUGGCAACAGAUCUCCCCUAGCAGAUCUGACUCUAAAGGGCAUGGUUGUCGGACUGACAUUAUCUCGAGGCCUUGAUGAUCUUGCUGUUCUGUAUUUGGCCACAAUUCAAGCCAUUGCAUUGGGAACAAGGCAUAUUGUGGAAACCAUGCAAACUGCGGGGCAUCAUGUCAACACCCUGUUUAUGUGUGGCGGGCUGAGCAAGAACCCCCUCUUUGUGCAGAUGCAUGCGGACAUCAUGGGCAUGCCUAUUGUUCUGGCCAAAGAAGUGGAGUCCGUUCUAAUGGGUGCUGCUAUUCUUGGAGCUUGUGCUUCUAAAGAUUUUACUUCUCUGCAGGAUGCUAUGGAGAAAAUGGGAAGAGUUGGGAAAAUUGUGCUGCCAAACCACAAGGAUAAAAGAUUUUAUGACAAGAAAUACCAGGUGUUUCUGAAACUUGUGGAACAUCAGCAACAGUAUAAAACCAUCAUGCAGAGUACAUAGACAGCAUGAAAGAGAAUUGCUUAUCAUGUUAGUGAAAUUUCACAAUGGUUUUAUCUUUCAAAGUCAAUGAUAACCCACCGUGUAUUUUUAUGGCU